CGAUAAAAAAAUUGUCUCUAAAUCCAACUAAACUUUUUUGCGGAGUGUAAUUCACUUUAGAAGAUGUGUUGUCCAAACUGAUUGGGAGGAACCGAACACGAGCGCAGUCGCCUGCGUGUUCCAUAGCUUCAUUCCAAUUUGAUAUGAUAGGCCAAACUUGUCUCCCAGUCCGUUUCCAUUUUUUCCGAUAAUAAUGAAGCCGGCGAACACAGCUCAAACCCGUCUAGAGAACCGAAUCAGGGACUUGAAGCUCGACCGCCUCACGGCCAACCACCGCCGCCUCACCCUCAUUCUCGACCUCCACCGCCUCGUCUCCGCCCGAAGGCGCGGCCCCGUCGUCUCCGUCCACUCCCUCUCCAAGUGGGCGCCGCACGCCAGCAUCAAAACCCUAACCGCCGGAGCUCUCCUCCGGAAAUACCCCCACGUUUUCGAGGUAUUUACCCGCCCUGCCACUCGUAAGCUCUGCUACAGAUUCACCCCUAAAUUCACUGCCCUAAUCGGGGAGGAAAAAUCUACAAUCUCUCAACUCAAACCCGAAUCCGUCGCCCGGAUCCGGAAGCUCUUGCUCAUGUCCGUUAAUGGCACUCUCCAUCUGCAUUCACUUUGGCUAAUCAGAAACGAAUUAGGGCUGCCCGAAAAUUUCCGCGAAUCAAUCAUCAAGAAGCACGAUACCCAUUUCAAAAUGGUGGGUCUAGAGGCUGUGGAAUUGGCUGCCAGGGACUGCGAAUCCCCCCCGCUGGCGGCAGAAGUCGAAAAGUGGCGGGAAAAGGAGUACACAGAGCGCUGGCUGAGCGAAUUCGAGGUGAAAUACGCAUUUCCUGUGAGUUUCCCAACAGGCUUCAAGAAACCAGCAGGGUUCAAGGAGAAGAUGAGGAACUGGCAGAGGCUUUCGUACAUCAAGCCUUAUGAGAGAAGAGAUGUGGUUAGGGUGAGGAGCUGUGGAGGGGUGGAGAGGUACGAGAAGCGCGCCGUGGGAGUCAUCCAUGAACUCUUGAGCUUGACCAUGGACAAGAUGGUCCCCGUUGAGCGGUUGGCUCAUUUUCGCAAGGACCUAGGGUUCGAAGUCAACAUCCGCGAGCUGCUCUUGAAGCACCAGGGGAUUUUUUACAUAUCUACAAAGGGGAAUACUCAGUUGGUUUACCUGAGGGAAGCGUAUAGCAAAGGGUGUUUGGUGGAACAAAAUGCAGUUUAUGAGGUAAGAAGAAAGAUGUUGGAGUUGAUCUUGAUGGGGAGCCGUAAUACUAGAGGACUGGUGAAGAAGCUUGAAAAGGAAGUGGAGGAGGAGGUGAGUGGUAAUAGUGUGAAGCUUAAAGGGGGUGAAAAAAGAAGUGCCGAAGGUGACUUUGUGAUUCAAAUUCUUGAGAGUGGUGAUUGAUGAUGAUUAGCAUUGAAGAAGAAAGUUCAAAAAAUGUUUGCAGAAAAAUGUCUCUUUUACUUCAAAUGUGUUUGUUGUCUGCACUAUAUGGAUGGGGGAGGUUUUGCCAAGUUGGUCUUUGGAUUGACACCAAGUUCUUCUUCUUUGGAGGUAUAGCCUGCCUAUUCAAAUUCUUCUUUAUUUCGAUGAAGUACUAGAAAAAACAAUGUCGCGUUUUGCAACGCCAUGAGUAUGUUUCCCCAAACACUCAAUCAAACAAAGUUGGGAAUUCGCGAAUAAAUUAUGGAUGGGUGAGAGUAAAAGUUCUCAUCGGAGAUCGGUUCUUAUGAUAGGAGGGUUCUCAACUUCUCAUUGUGCUGUGUAUUACUUCUGUAACAUUUUUGUAAAUUCUUAUGAUGGUAUUGAUAUAAGCUUUAGAGACUCGAACAAAAUUUUAGACAAAUACUCAUUUGGUUUGAUUAUAUUAGAUCUGGAUGCAGCCGAGUGUGUAUGGAGCCUUUACUUGUAACAGUUGUAAGUU